GAUGACAUCAGAACACAAUCCCUCCAGGAUCAGUCCACAGCUGAGGAGGAGCGAGGAUCAGAGAUCAGACGAGAGGAGAGGAGAAGAGUCUCAGUGCUGAUCGUCUUCUGGAGUCUGACUGCUGCCACAGUCCCAUUCAACAGUCAGGAUGGCUCGGGACAUGUCAGAUAAAGAGAUCCUAAAGAUGGAGCUGGAUCAGCUGAAGGUGGAAGUGAACACUCCUCGAAUCGCGGUCUCCACAACAGCUCCAGAGAUCAUAGCGUUCGUGGAGGGCUUGUCUGCUGAAGACCCGCUGGUCAAAGGUGUCCCAGAAGACAAGAACCCUUUCAAGGAGAAGGGUGGAUGCAUUAUUACAUAGCAGUGGCCCUGGACGCACCAGGGCUCUGUUCAACAACUAGUUUUGUAUAAACCAUCAAUAUCUGUACUAGAAACUAGGAUUUUUUUUAGCAGCCACUUUAGUUUUGGAUACUACACAGAAGAUGCCCUCAUGUCAUUCAAUACUUCUUGUGAUAUGAUGUUACCUGUCUCUUUUUAAAAUAAACUCUUUACUCCUCGCA